AUGUCAUAUAAUCCAUACUCUUUUCAAGGAGAAGCUACCGCGAAUGACAGGUUCCGCCAUGGUUCGCAACCCUCAAUGGAACAAGGCCAACCACUAUUUGGUGCGCAACAGGCUUCUCAGCAGCAAAUGCCACCUCAACAACAGCAACAGCAACAACAACCAGGUUUCAAUUUCCAGAAUCCUACUCAAUCAAUGGCAUUUCAAUUAGGUCAAUCCGCUUUUUCUAAUUUCAUUGGUGAACAGAAUUUCAGUCAGUUCCAAGAGACAGUGUCUAAGGCAACUAGUGCAAACGGUUCCCUGUCUCUUUACUUCCAGGUCACAACAAAUUAUGUCAUAAAUAAGCUGAGGGUAAUUUUGAUACCUUUCACAAAUAAGAACUGGCAGAGAAUUCCAGAGGCACAGCAGGGAAGUAAUGGCGCGUUGUCGUUCAUGCCACCAAAGGAUGAUAUCAAUUCCCCAGAUAUGUACAUCCCAAUCAUGGGUCUAGUCACAUAUAUCCUGAUAUGGAAUACCCAACAAGGUCUAAAGGGCUCUUUCAACCCAGAAAACUUAUACUAUAAACUAUCUUCUACCGUGGCGUUUGUUCUCCUGGACUUGGUGAUCUUGAAACUAGGUCUGUACUUAUUAGUCUCUACCAACUCACGUACCACCAAUAUUGUUGAACUGAUCUGUUUCGUUGGAUAUAAGUUUGUGCCCCUGAUCCUAGCUCUGUUCCUCCCAAGCAGUCCUAUAUACUUAAAGAUGAUUGUCCAGGUGUACCUAUUCAUUGCCUUUGGCGUUUUCUUGCUGAGAUCAGUGAAAUUCAAUUUAUUCACAAAUACAAAUAGCGAUAUGGUCACCUUCAACAAAGCUACAGUACGUAAGUGCAAUUACUUCCUGUUUGUGUAUGGUUUCAUUUGGCAAAGUAUUCUAAUGUGGCUAAUGGGUUAA